GACACCAUCACCCCCGAGAUCCGCGCCCUCUACAACGUGCUGGCCAAGGUGAAGCGCGAGCGGGACGAGUACAAGCGGAGGUGGGAAGAGGAGUACACGGUGCGGAUGCAGCUGCAAGAGCGAGUGCAUGAGCUCCAGGAGGAAGCCCAGGAGGCUGACGCCUGCCAGGAGGAGCUGGCGCUGAAGGUGCAGCAGUUGAAAGCUGAGCUAGUGGUCUUCAAAGGGCUUAUGAGCAACAACCUGACUGAGCUGGACACGAAGAUCCAGGAGAAGGCCAUGAAGGUGGACAUGGACAUCUGCCGCCGCAUCGACAUCACUGCCAAGCUCUGCGAUGUGGCUCAGCAGCGCAACUGUGAGGACGUGAUCCAGAUGUUCCAGAAGAAACUGGUCCCAUCCAUGGGGGGGCGGAAGCGGGAGCGCAAGGCUGCCACCGAGGAGGACCCCUCCCUGUCGGAGAGUGACGGGCCCCGCCAGCCCCAGGGGGAUGAGGAGGAGAGCACAGCCCUCAGCAUCAACGAGGAGAUGCAGCGCAUGCUCAACCAGCUGCGGGAGUAUGAUUUUGAGGACGACUGUGACAGCCUGACUUGGGAGGAGACUGAGGAGACCCUGCUGCUGUGGGAGGAUUUCUCAGGCUAUGCCAUGGCAGCGGCAGAGGCCCAGGGAGAGCAGCAGGAAGACAGUUUGGAGAAGGUGAUUAAAGAUACCGAGUCCCUGUUCAAAACCCGGGAGAAAGAGUAUCAGGAAACCAUUGACCAGAUAGAGCUGGAGCUCGCCACGGCCAAGAACGAUAUGAACCGGCACCUGCAUGAGUACAUGGAGAUGUGCAGCAUGAAGCGGGGCCUGGAUGUGCAGAUGGAGACCUGCCGCCGGCUCAUCACCCAGUCUGGGGACCGAAAGUCUCCUGCUUUCCCUGCGGUCCCGCUUAGCGACCCGCUGCCGCCGCCUAGCGAGACUGAGGACUCCGAUCGAGACGUCUCAUCUGAUAGCUCCCUGAGAUAGGGACCUGCCUCUGGUCCCCCCCAUGGGAACACACCUCCUCGCAUCUCCUCCUCGCAGAGUCGGGGUUCGCAGAAGGGAACUUCCUUUGUCCAGGCUGCACCAAGCCUGGCCCCGGGACAGGGCCGCUCCUCCCUCGGGCUUCCUCCCUCCAUCCGUGGCCUCUCCAGGUUCUAGGGUCUGGAGCAAGGCUUGGCCUGCCCUUCCCAGGCGACUCCUGCCACAGCUGGGGCUCUCCUGGCCUCACGCGUGGGCGUCUGCUCCUCCCCAUCUUUAAAAUGCUGCCAGUGCGACUGUGGCCCCACAACUUCUCCACUGAAUAAGGAAUGUGAUAGUCAGACCCCCCCCGACCCCCGUGGCCUCGUGCCAGCUCACAUCUGAUUCCGUCCUGGUGCUAACUGGCCUGGGCACUGGUACGAGUGGGUCAGGCUGGACGUCCCGGGCGUGUGCAACACAGGCAGUGGGAGAGGGGUCCCUCUGUGUGGCCGGACAGGGCGCCAAGUCCUCCCUCCAUUGUCCAAGUGCUCCGGUCACCUGCCCGUGGACAGUAAGGACGUGGCAUGACCCCUCCCUCACGGAAAUGCCAUUUUGAAGGGGUCUCGGUGCCCCUUGUGUAGUGGCUUCUGGGUCUGACUGGGUGCGGUAUCAUGGAGGAUGGAAGCUCUCCAGCCACUGCUGAGUGACAGAAAGGUGAAGCUACCGAUGUGUGUGCACAGGUGUGUGCGUGCUCAGGGUCUCGGUGUCAGGCUCAGCGGAUGUGCCUCCUCCGUGUCUGUCACACAGACCGACAGGCCGAGGAAGAUGUCUGCACUCGGAAAGCCUUGGAGGAACUGGGAGACGGGAUUGAGGCCUUCGCUAACGGCCCGGGGAGCUGUGCCGAGCUGACAUGUGAAUGGAAUCUUUAUUAAGAAUGAAACUGGAGUAUUUAUUGAA